AUAUAUAUACAUAUAUACAUUUUACUCGGAGAAUUACAUGUAAUGUGUCUCAUGGUGUGAGUAGGUUACAUGUCAUCAGUGAGUCUGACCCCUCAAGAUAAAUCCGUGGAUACAUUAUUCGCGUGGGAAUCCCACUAAAAUACAGAAGAAGUACAUUUUCUGUCGGAUCUGGUGUUUUGAAGGAUAACAAACUGAAAACUGGCGCUGGAGGGAUUUGUAUCUUCUUGUGCACUCUUCUGGCAUUAUGAUGUCACGUAUCUCACAACCAAAUCACGUCCUGUGAAAUUUCUCCAUUUCUCUGGAUUCUACUGAGACCCUGAACACCUGUGACUUCGUAAGCCUGGGAUUCUUUUUUCAGUCUGAGAUCUGAAUUUACUGUCUGAGCAAAGCGGUGAGGUGUUUCUCCAGGAGUGAUGGCGUCUUCAGCACCUUCUUCCUCGGCUGGUGAUAUGGACCCAAACACGGCUAAUUUACGACAACCUGCCACAACCUGUGACGCGUGGUACGGGGUUGCACACGGAUGCACGAGGAAACUGGGCAUGAAGAUAUGUGGUUUCCUGCAGAAGAACAACAGUUUGGAUGAGAAGAAUCGCAUGGUGGGAGGCUUCAAGGAGAGCGCAAAAAACCAGCUGUCGUGCGACAACAGUGAGCACUUCAGGCGCACAGAGACAGACUUCUCUAACCUGUUUGCUCGGGAUCUACUGCCAGCUAAAAAUGGAGAGGAACCCACAAUCCAGUUUCUUCUUGAGAUGGUGGAGAUCCUCACCAAUUAUGUGCGCAAGACCUUCGACAGAUCCACCAAAGUGCUGGACUUCCAUCACCCGCAUCAGCUGCUGGAGGGGAUGGAGGGCUUCAAUCUGGAGCUGUCUGAUCAACCAGAGUCUCUGGAGCAGAUUCUAGUGGACUGCAGAGACACACUGAAGUAUGGCGUGAGAACAGGUCAUCCCAGAUUUUUUAACCAGCUUUCUUCUGGUCUGGACAUCAUUGGCCUUGCUGGAGAAUGGCUUACCUCUACUGCCAACACUAACAUGUUCACAUAUGAGAUCGCCCCUGUGUUUGUUCUCAUGGAGCAGCUGACCCUCAAGAAGAUGAGAGAGAUCAUUGGCUGGCCUAACGGAGAGGGCGAUGGACUUUUCUCACCUGGUGGGGCCAUAUCAAACAUGUACAGUGUGAUGGUUGCACGGUAUAAGUACUUCCCAGAAGUCAAAACCAAAGGCAUGUCUGUUGCACCACGACUGGUGCUUUUCACAUCUGAACAUAGUCAUUAUUCAAUCAAAAAGGCAGGAGCUGUUCUGGGCUUUGGCAAAGAAAAUGUUAUCCUGCUCAAGACAGAUGAGAGGGGGCGUGUCAUACCGGCUGACCUAGAGGCCAAGAUCAUUGAUACCAAACAAAAGGGUUAUGUGCCGCUGUUUGUGAACGCGACGGCUGGAACCACGGUUUACGGAGCAUUUGAUCCCAUCAAUGACAUCGCCGACAUCUGCGAGAAGUACAACCUGUGGCUACAUGUAGAUGGUGCAUGGGGUGGAGGACUGUUGAUGUCUAGGAAACACCGUCACAAGUUAAGUGGCAUUGAAAGGGCAAACUCAGUCACGUGGAACCCUCAUAAGAUGAUGGGUGUACCAUUACAAUGUUCAGCCAUCCUGGUCAGAGAUAAGGGUAUUCUGCAGGGCUGCAACUCCAUGUGUGCAGGAUACCUCUUCCAACCAGACAAACAGUAUGAUGUGAACUAUGACACGGGGGACAAGGCCAUCCAGUGUGGAAGACAUGUGGACAUCUUUAAAUUCUGGCUCAUGUGGAAAGCCAAGGGAACAAUCGGGUUUGAGCAACAUAUUGACAGAUGUCUGGAGCUGUCGGAAUAUCUCUACAACAAAAUCAAGAACCGUGAGGGAUAUCAAAUGGUGUUUGAGGGCCAGCCCCAGCACACAAACGUUUGUUUCUGGUAUAUUCCACCGAGUAUGCGGGGCAUGCCAGAUGGAGAUGAACGAAGGGAGAAGCUACACAGGGUGGCGCCCAAGAUCAAAGCAUUGAUGAUGGAGUGCGGUACAACCAUGGUCGGAUACCAGCCGCAGGGAGACAAAGUCAACUUCUUCCGAAUGGUCGUCUCCAAUCAUGCCGUGACCAUGUCUGACAUCGAUUUCCUCAUCGAUGAGAUAGAGAGGCUGGGUCAUGACCUGUAAGAGCGCCGCUCUGCUGGGUGGAGUUUGGAAAUGCAGCACCAUGUCUGCACGUUUAAUGGCUAUGUUUUGACAUUGUGUUGUGGUCCAAUGUGUUCUCCCCUCCAUCUCUAUGUCAUUAGAUCUUAAACUUACAGAUAGCAUAGCCUCUAUAGCUACACGGUCACCUUACAGUGUAGUUUAACUCCAUUGGGAAUCAUACUCUGAUGUGCGUAACAGUCGGUGCUUCGGUUUAUACAUACAAUAUAAAGACAAGCACGGCGCAGCACCCUUUUAAUGAAACUCAAACCCCUUUCUGUGUAGUGCUGGGGUCUGUGUGAUUGUAACCAGUGGUUGUAAUACGAUCUGUAUUUAGUGUUGUGUACUUUAGCCUUACUUAACCUUGUAGUAGGUCAUGUAAAGUGUUUUAAACAGCACCUUUGUGAGGUGACACAUAAGUGUUCAAUUUUCAGCUUGAAAUGUUCGACUGAUAUAAAUAUAAAAAGGCUAUUUAUAUUGUGACCUAAGCAGUGUUAAAAGUUUCCCAUUUGUAACAUUUCUUCAUUUGUAUUCUAAGAAAUAUUAUAUAAUCAAAUAAGUUUAGGUUAAUGUUUAUAGUCCAGUAUAGUGUAUUUGUGAGCCAAAGACAGAACUUGUGCCAUACAUUUUACAAUAUACUCAAUAAUCUUUGAGAUAAGCAAGCAAGCAUAUGCAUUAUAAUAAGUCUAUUCACAAGAAAAUUUAUAUAUACAUAUAAAUAUGGAUAUAAUAUAUAUGUUUGUUGUCCAGGCCCUGAAAUCUGUGCAAUCAGUGUGUCAGUGUUAUAAUGUUAUUGUGUGUAUCUCUGACUGAAUGUUAAAAGCAAUCCUAUCAAUUAUCUGGAGAUAGUUACUGUAUAAUUACCACUAGAUAUUUAUUACUCAUUAUUGAUAUUAAACUCAGGCGAUUAUAGGCUAUUAUGAAAAAUAAAUAAACAACAAAAGACAGUAAAUAAGCACAAACUUAGAAUAAAGGAUGGAAACGUUGUUCUCAGGAUGCUGAAAGAUUGUGUUCAUAUAAACAUAUACAACAAGUUUAUUGAUAUUUCACUGCUGUAUUUAGAUUCAGCUGUUGUGAGUCUUUGAAAUGUAAAAGAUUUCAGUUUAUUUAAUGUUAUCUCUUUGUUCAAAGUGUUUUUGACAAGUUAAAUUAAUGCACAAUAAUCUUUUUCCUCUAUUGCUGUAAAAUGUUGACUGUAUAUGUUGAAUGUGAGGAGGGCAGUCUGGUCUCCUCAGUAAGGCUGGCACUUUAAAAUGCAAUCACACUAUAUGUAAACUGUUAUUAACACUUGUAAAGUGCACAAUAAAAUCUAUUAAAGUAUAAGAAUGUUCUGUAAGUCGUCUCUUCAAAAUGUAAAUUAUAUAAUAGAUACUAAAAUAUAUGUUCAACUUUUAUUUUAAUGCUCAAAAUAAACAAUGAUUUC